UUUGGUGCUGAGAAGGUGCGUCAUUCCAUCAACCCAGACGAGGCUGUUGCGUUGGGUGCGGUGGUACAGGCCUCGAUCAUUUUAGGCACGCCGGAAUCUAAAUGUCGUGAUAUUGUCGUGAAAGAUAGAAUUCCCGUCUCUCUCGGUAUCAACGUUAGAGGAGAAAAAACAAGCCACAUCAUCAAGCGCAAUUCCCUCAUUCCAGCACAACGCACCAAACGAUAUUUCACAAUUUAUGAUGACCAGACAGCAAUUUUAGUUCGAGUAAUUGAGGGAGAGAAUGAAGACACUGAUGAUAAUAUCGAACUUGACCGAUUUCUGAUAAAAGGAAUACCGAAAGCUCCAGCUGGAGUGGAGGGCAUCGAUGUCACAUUUGUAGUUGAUGCGAAUUGCAUUCUGGAGGUUACAGCAUGCGUCGUCUCCACGGGUAAAUCUAAAGGCAUUAUGAUUAAGAGGAACCGAAAACAAUUCACGGACGAGGAAAUACGCCAACACCGCAACAUGGAGGAAGACAUGCAGCGUAGAAGCCAGCGGCACGCACGAAGGCAAAAGCUGGUCACAACCCUCCAGGAAAAGGCUUACGCUCUGCAGAAACAGCCAGCUCUCGAGGCAAAGUGUCAAGGUGUGCUUCGUUGGCUUGAAAGCAGUGAGAAUGCAAGUGACGAGGAAAUUGAAGCAAAAAUUCGAGAAUUUGAACAAAUAGAAGAAGCGAGGAACCGAGCUCGGCAUGAGCUUGAGGAACUCGCUGACAGUCUUCGCUCGAAUGCAGCUGUGCGCGAGGAGUGCGACGAGAUUCGACAGUGGAUGCAGGAAACCGCCAGAACAGCCAGUGAGGCAGAUUACAAGCACCAAAUUGCUCGAUUGAAGCAACUGUCACCAAAGCGCAAGUCGCGUGCGAGAGAUCGACUGGAGACUAGGCUUCGGGAAACCCACGACAAGUUCCUUGAUUCCGAGGAGAUCCAGGAAUUGUGCCAGGCGACACAGACCUGGUUGGAUGAAAAUGGUGACAAUGCUAGUGACGACGACUUUUUGGAUAAAUUGGACGAACUGACUACCGCAGUGCAGGAUAUUAUCCUUGAAAGUUAG